GCGGAUGCAGCAGUCAGGCAGAGAAUACAGAUGCCUCUCUCGGCUGAGCGCUCAGGAAGAGACCUAGCGGGGCUGUUUUAAACGCUGCUUUAUUACACAGCAUCGGGUUUGAUUUGAUGGCGGAGCUGUUCGGGAAGUGAGCGGAAAGUAACGUUACACCAAGCCGGAGAGUGGUGGUUGCACAUAAAGGCAGCGCCGGGGGAAGCCGUUGUGUUUUGACGAACCCUACGAUAAGGAUGUUUUCCAGAAAGAGAAAGGAGUUGAUUAAAACGCCGUCGAUCUCAAAGCGGAGCCCCACAGUUGGACCACACAACUCUACUGAGCAACCCCGCAGGGAUGGCCUGGACUCAGACCCCUCCUGUGUGGCCCCGCCCGCAGCGGGCCUGCUGGAGCCCGGCUCCUCCCCCUGCCCUCUGCAGGGCCGUCUGACUGGCUGCCCGUCGCCGGGGGCGACCCUGAGGCGGCCGACGGGCCUGAGUCGGCACGCCAGCGCGGCCGGAGCCUGGGGCUUCAGCAAGGCCCGGGGGGCGGCGGCCUCGUACAGCCCCGCCCCCGACGGCCCGGCCGAGGGGGGCGUGGCCAUCGACGUGACGGACAUCCCGCCGCUGCUGCGCGAUGUCGCGCGAUUCGCCGAGGCCGUGGAGAAGCUGAAGGACGUCGUGAUGGAAGAAGAUAAGCAGGAGGACCGGAGGAGGCUGGCCCAUGAGAGUCUGGGGGAGGUCCUGCGUGUUCUGAGGCAGGUGAUUAACACCUACCCGCUCCUCAACACGGUGGAAACGCUCACAGCCGCUGGGACGCUCAUCUCCAAGGUCAAAGGGUUCCACUAUGAGGUCAAUAAUGAAAUUGACAAGAAGGAGUUUGAGAAGGCCAUCGAGACCAUCGCAGUGGCUUUCAGUAGCAAUGUGUCAGAGUUGCUGAUGGGGGAGGUGGACAGCAGUACCCUCCUGUCCCUGCCGCCCUCAGAGAAGGGCAGAGCAAGUUCCAUGGAGAACCUUUAUGGGGGCGUGUCAAGCCAGGGAUCAGACUCCACCCUGAUCAGCUGUGACCUGCAGGAUUGUGUGUGGAGUGCAGAGGAAGUGGACAUUACCCUGCAGCGCAGUGAGGGAGGGGUUGACUCCGCCCUGACCUACGCCAAGUCCAUCUCCAAGUACCUGAAGGAUGUGAUCGGCUACGUGGACAAGAGGAUCGCACUGGAGGUGGAAUUUGCCAAGGGCCUUCAUAGACUUUACCAGACCAGCAAGCAGAGUAUUGCACAGCCUCACAUGCCCUUCUUCUCCAUAUACUGCCUGGCUCUGGAGCAGGACCUGGAGCAGAGUUCAGGGGUGCAACAGACGUCGGGCACUCUGUACAGCCAGACCUUCCUGCAGCCCCUGGUGCAGCGAAGGCAGGAACACGAGAAGAAACGGAAGGAGAUCAAAGACCACUGGCAAAGGGCCCAGAGGAAGCUGCUGGAGGCGGAGUCUAACCUGCGGAAGGCCAAGCAGGGCUACGCGGCUCGCUGUGAGGAGUACGACAAGGCCCGGGGCGUGGCCACCCGCGCGGAGGAGGAGCAGCAGGGCUCCACCAACAAGGCCCUGGACAAGAAGAAACGGCUGGAGGAGGAGGCCCGCAACAAGGCUGAGGAGGCUGAGGCGACGUACCGCACCUGUAUUGCUGACGCCAGCACGCAGAGCCAGGAGCUGGAGGACGUGAAGGUGAACGUGCUGCGGCAGCUCCAGGAGGUCAUCAAACAGACCGACCAGACGCUGCGCUCGUCCACCAUCUCGUACUACCGGAUCAUGUACAUGCAGACGGCGGCCCUCCCCGUGCACUACCAGACGCUGUGUGAGAGCAGCAAGCUGUACGACCCGGGCCAGCAGUACGCCGCCCACGUGCGCCAGCUGCAGAUGCCCCCGCAGCCCGAGGCCCAGUACAGCUUCCAGCCCUACAGCGCCCCCUCUGGCCCGUCGCUGAUUGGUCCGCGCACCGACAGCUUCGGCUCCGAGGCCCCGCCCCCCGCCACGGAGGCGGAGUCUGUGGAUGGGGGCGUGCCCUCUAAAGAGAAGGAGAGGCGGGGGCGUGGCCUGCACAAGUCCUGGCCUUCUGCCGUGAGCGACACCGACAGCAUGGGGUGUGGGAGUGGCCUGGACUCCCCCACAGCCAGCACAGGAGAUGUAAGGAAAAUGCAGCGGCCCACGUCUAUGGGGAGCAUGUCGUCCAAUGACGACGCAGAGGAGAAGACGAGCAGCGUGACCUCUUUCGAGCAGAGCAUGAACUGGAUGGAGCCGGCGGUGCCGACCGGACCCUUCCGGAACGUGGGGCUGUCGAAGGCGGCGCGGACGCACCGGCUCAGGAAGCUACGCACGCCCGCCAAGUGCCGCGAGUGUGACAGCUACGUGUACUUCCAGGGAGCCGAGUGUGAGGAGUGCUUCCUGGCCUGCCAUAAGAAGUGUUUGGAGUCUCUGGCCAUCCAGUGCGGCCACAAGAAGUUGCAGGGCCGGCUGCAGCUGUUCGGCCGCGACUUCGCCCAGGUCGCCCACGGCAACGCCGACGGAGUGCCCUUCGUCGUCAAAAAGUGCAUCCAGGAGAUCGAGAGGAGGGCCCUGAAGAUGAAGGGUAUAUACCGGGUGAACGGGGUGAAGACGCGGGUGGAGAAGCUGUGCCAGGCCUUUGAGAACGGGAAGGAGCUGGUGGAGCUGUCCCAGGCCUCUCCCCACGACAUCAGCAACAUGCUCAAACUCUACCUGCGACAGCUCCCCGAGCCAAUCAUGCCCUUCCGCAUGUACAACGAUCUGAUGGGCGUGGCCAAGGAGAGCCUGCGGGCGGAGCCGGGCGGGGAGGCGGGGAAAGGGGCGGAGCUGGUGGACCGGGGCGCGCAGACGGACGCGGAGGUGCUGACCCUGGUGCAGAAGCUGGGCGAGCUGGUGAAGGGGCUCCCGCCCGCUAGCGUAGCCACGCUGCGCUACAUCACCCGACACCUGCGCAGGAUAGCGGAGCUGGAAGAGGAUAAUAAGAUGAGCCCCAGUAAUUUGGGGAUUGUGUUUGGCCCCACCCUCAUGCGGCCCCGCCCCACGGGCGCCACCGUGUCUCUAUCCUCAUUGGUCGAUUACCCGCACCAAGCGCGCGUGGUGGAGGCCCUCAUCGUGUUCCACGACGCCAUCUUCCACCCGGGCUCCGCCUCUUCCCCCUCAGACCCCGCCUCUUCCUCCUCAGACCCCGCCUCUUCCUCCCCAGACCCCGCCUCUUCCUCCCCAGACCCCGCCUCUUCCUCCCAGAGGCACAGCCAGGACUGCAGCGAGGAGGGCGGGAAUGAAGGACAGGACCAAGGUGAUGGACAGGAGUGUCAGCCAAUCAGGACUGAGUCAGAAAAGGGGGAGGAGUUCUGCGGCAACUCUUUGGCCUCCUCGGGGUCCCAGGAGAGGUCCCUGGACUCGGACUGGGAGCUGGACGAGGCGGCGGGAGGGGGCGGGUCUCAGGGCAGGCUGUCCCGCCUGGCCAAGCAGGCCAGCGAGACGAGCACAGAGGAGGAGCAGAAGAGCCCCCGGUCCAGCCUGGAGCUCCCCCCCCUGCCCGACACAGAGCCCCCAGACUGCCAAGAGCCCUGAGACCUGCCCUGCCCCCCGCCCUCCUCUGUCCUUCCCCUCCCCUCACCCCAGCCAGAGAAAGCUCAGAGGCGGAGCUGGUCUCCGUGUGGGAGGAGCUCCACGGUCUCAGGACCCCUCCUUGCUCGAGGCUGUCCAUGGGGAUGCCUGUUUGGGGGAGAUGCUGUUGAUGUUUUCAUGGGUUUAAAGUGUGAGAGAAGCAUGUGCUAGACUUGCUAUGAGUGUCUCGGGACAAAUCCACUUGCUUGACCCCCCCCCCCUUUUGGUCAGUUUUAUGCUAUCUUUAUAUAUUUUAAGUGGAUACUGGAAUUGUUUUAUAUUUCUUCUUGUUUACAUUUGAGUUUUUAAGUUUUUUGUACAUGUAAUGUACUACCUUGCUUUUUUUUUUUUUUUAAUGUCUGAAAAGCCAAAGAUCUGAGAUGGACUAUGACAGCUCUGCUCAGACUGAAGACGCGUCCGUGCGUCCGUCUGUCUGUCUGUCUGUCUGUCUGUCUAUCUGUCUGUGUGUGAGAGUGUGAGUGUGUGUCCAGUGACAGAAAAGUAUUUGCAUCCAAAACCCAGUCUGCUUCCAGCAUCCCAGGUCAGCGUCCUGUGCAGUGCCAUUGUUCUCUUACAGGCAUGAAAUGCAAUGCACGAUAUUCAAGAUAUAUUUUGUUUUUAGUUUCAUUUUCAAUCAUUUCGGUUUCUGCUUUUGUGUACUGGACCUGACCGCGGGUCAGCAGGCCUGGUGUUCAGUGACGAGACACCGACACCAGCCCAGCGUUCUUCCCUUCCGCGGGAGGAACAGAUUGACAAUAUAUCUUCUAAGUCAAACAUUUUAUCAGGAUAUUUUUACACACGCACAGUGGGGUCCAAAAGUCUGAGACCAUGAGUGAAAAUGUUUCUAUUUCUCGUUCUUUUCAAUUUUAUUUAUCAGCAUAACAAUUUGAGUGGAUAAUCUUUCAGAAUUUCUUGUCCUCCUUUUGCUUUACGUACGUGCACUCGAGCGGUCUUGGCCUUUGUCUUGAAGUGCUCCCGUAAGUGUUCGGUGGGGUUGCGGUCGGGUGAUUGUCCAGCACUCCGUGCUUGUCUUUGGUCCAAGUAGUUCUCGCAAAGCUUUGGGAGUAACUUUCAUCUGUUGAAAUGUUUUCAGAAUCCUAAAAUGUUGUUUAUUUCCAGGAUUACAUGGAAACAAAAACAAUGUGGUCUCAGACAUUUGGACCCCCCUAUAUUUUGCCGGAGUAUGCCGCCUAGAGUUCGCCGGUUUUUGCACUGUUGUUGUUGCUGCAGUCGCACAGCUGGCCGAAUGGGAUUGGUUGAAUUUUGAAGUGACAUUAAGUCUUUGGUGAAAUACCUUGUGUGGUCACGACACUGUGACCAAACGCACGACAAGAUUAAUCUAAUCGGAGCAUUCCUGGAUUUUCUGCACUUCCAUUUGGCUACGCUAUUUAUUUAUUCGCGUGCUUCCCGUUAGCAUGUGUGCUAAGAGCAAAAUGGCGAGAAACCAUGAAUGUUUUGCCCAUUUGGCCCUCCUUUUGAGAGUCUGACCGUAACCGCUAGCGAUUCUGACUGAUGCAGUGUUCAGCUUUUGGUUAUUUUACCGAGCUUCUCGACUUGCCCAUCGAUAAAGGCCUUUAAAACUACUUUAGGGUGGAGUUGGUCUUCCAAGAACCACAAAAUGUGGGCUUUUCCCUUUCCUCCUGUUAUCUGUUGCUUGUUGGUUUGUGCUGGCGUGGAUAACAAAGCCUUUCUAAUUGGUUUGUCAUGGUGAUCCGAUCAAUUCUGGUCGAUAAGGCCUCUUUCCUGGCAGUUUCUGUUAACCAUGUGAAAAAUCGUGCUGUGUGUGCCACUGUUAUAGAUUAUAUUCUUCUGUCCAGUCUCUAUAUGGAGGAAGUUGUUACACCAUUCAGCUGUUGUAUCCAAGGCAACGAAAGCCGGAUGUUUCGGUUAAUAUUAUGUUGUUAGUGGAAGAUAAAAAAAAAUAAUAACUUCAGUAAUAUUAUCAUUCUGUUUAAUUAUAUUUUGUUUGAAAAAUUGUUUUAAAUAUUUACAAGGGCUUUAAACUGGAAAUACUGUUGCUGUGUGUGGUGAAUGCAGAAUGUUGUUCGUGCUUAAGUUAUUUUUUUAAAUUGAGAAAAACAUGUACUCCCUCUCCAUGUACAUGAAUAGUUAAGAAAAGGAGGGAAGUGUGUAUAAUUUUAUUGAAUAAACUCAUUUUCUACUGCGAA